AUGGGAAGUGGGGCUACAAAAGAAAAAAAAGAUGAAAUAAAUGAGAUAGAACAUCAUUAAUCAUCAUAAACUUGUAUUUAUAUUUUUAGAUAUUCAUAGCAAUUGGAAAAGCUGAAGGUUCUCCUUAAAUAUUUACCUAUAAAAAUAACUCUCAAUUAAGCAAAGGUACAUAUUGCCUUAUAAAUUAGCCUUUGGACUCUUGAAAAAACAAUAGUAUACAUAAGCAAUAGAAAGUCUAGACAAAUUAAUAGAGUAAAAUCGUAAUUUGGCUGAUGCAUAAUACUUAAAAGGUAUAUAUUUAUAAUUUACUCUACAGGUUUAGCAUAUCUUGGGCUCAAUGAUUUAUAAUAGGCCCUUAUUUAUUGUAAAGCUGCAACUGACAUAGAUACACAUCAUUAUCAUGCUCUAGCAGAAAUAGGUAUAGUUUAUUAUUCUAUAUAGCAAAUAUAUAUACUUUAGAGAGAAAGUAUGAGGAAGCUUUAACCAUAUUUCAUAAACUAGUUGAGUUGAAUGAGAAAUCAUUUGAAGGAAAUUUUGGAAUUGGCUUUAUAAAUUUGAUGUUAAAUAAUUUUGAAAUCGCUGAUCCAUAUUUCAAAAAGGCUUUAACAAUAAAAGGAAAGGACAAAGCAGCUUUGCUUAACUAUGGUAAGUGGUUAAUAUCAUUAUAGGUCAUCUACUCAUAGGAUAACAAAGGUUUGAUGAAGGUCUACAAUACUAUGAGGAAGCAUUAAAAGUAGAUCCAAAAUAUGCAGACGCAAUAAACGCCAUCACUAAUAUGUAUUUACGUUAAAAGAAAUAUGAAUAACUUUUUGAAUUUUUGGAUAGUGCAGGAGAUUAGUCAAUUACUAAAAUAAAAUCAGUUGUCUUAAAUUGUAAAAGUAAGUCAUAAUUUUAUACAUUUUAGGUUAAGCUUAUUAUGGAUUAAAAUAAUUUGAUAAAUCAAUCAAAUAUUGUUAAGAAGUAUUAGAGUAUGAUCCAAACAAUAUUGAUUCUCUUUAUGGAAUGGGUAUGUGUCUUUAUCAUAACAAUCAAUUACAUAAGGCUAUGACAUAUUUUAAUUAGAUUAUUCAUUAAAAUCCUUAUGAUAUAAAAACAUUAAAAAUGAUAAUAAAGAUCAGUUCAACUUUAUAACUUAAUUACUAACUGAGUGAUUGUUGUGAUAAGAUUAUUCAAUUAGGAUUAGGAGAUUAAUCAAUACAUUAUUAUAGAGGAUUGGCCCGUAUGAAUCAAAAAGAAUAUUAAAUGGCUAUUGAAGACUUUAACAAAACUCUUAUUUAUGACUCAAAAAGUAUAAUAGCCCUUAAAAAUAAAGGUAUUAUAAAAUAUUAUAUAAUAGCUAUUUGUUUAACAUAUCUUAAAGAAUUUGAUUAAGCAGUAUAGUGUUAUGAUAUAAUUUUGAAAUAAUUAAAAGAUACUACGGAGAAAUCUGAUUUAUUUUAUGAAAAAGGUAUUUAUAAAUAUUAAAUAAAUUAGGUUAUUGUCAUUUACUUGGAUAAUAAUUCUUUUCUGCUAAAAACAAUUUUGAUUCUGCAUUGUAAUUAAAGCCAAAAAAUGAAGAUCUAAUGUUAAAAAUUGCUAAUGCAUAUAGAGAUAAUAGUAAUUUUUAACCUGCCACAAAUAUGUACGAUAGAUUGAUUAAGAUGAAACCUAAAAAUCCAAUCUUUUAUGCAGAAAAGGCAGAGUUAUUAAAUAAAUAAGGAAAUUAUAAAGAUGCUAAAUUAUUGUAUGAUUAAGCAAUAUCAUUAUAAGACGACAAUGCUUAAUUUUAUAUUUAAAGAGGUAUAUAUCUAUAAUUCAUAAUAUUAGCUAAAAUCAGAACAUAAGUUUAAGAAUUUGAUGAAGCAAUUUCAGAUUAUUAAUAAGCAAUUAAGAUUAAUGAUUAAGAUCCUGAAUUACUAUUUGAACUUGGAUAAUUGUUAUAUAUGAAGCAAAACUUUGAAUAAUCAGUCAUUUAUAUUUAAAAAGCAAUUAAUUUAAAUGAAGAUGUUGAAAAAUAUCACUUAAAAUUUGCAUAAGUUUUAUAAAUGUAAGAUUUAGAUAACGAAGCAAUUGAGCAUCUUAAAAAUAUAAUUGUUAAGCAUAGUGAUUUUGAUAAUUGUAAGAAUCUUUUGGAUAAUUUGAAUUCAAAUCCUAAUUCUUUUAGAGAAUAUACUAAUGUGUUUACUUACAUAAUUAUAUCCAUGUUUUCUGAAGGGAUGGUUGAUGAGAAUCAAUAAAUUGAUAGAGUAAGAUAAGAAUCACUAAGAAUUCUUUAGGAAAAUUUGAAGAAUUUUUUUCCCAAUAUACCAAAUAUUUUUGAAAUUAUAAGAUGCUUGAUGACUAAGAAAUUUGAAUAUAAUUUAAUAAAUAAUCCUAAAGAAAUGAGAAGGAUACUAACUUUACUAUAUAAAAACAAGUUUGAAUAAUAAAAUUAAUGUAUUAUAGAUAUCAUUGAAACAGCUAAGAGAAUUGCUAAAUUAAGAGAGAAUUACUUAAAAAAUGAUGAUUAAAAUAUAGACAAUUCAUUAUAAGAAACCUUCUUAUAAUAGUGUUCAGAGUAUCAAAUAGGUGAAUUUUAAUGCAAAGCUUCUGCAUUAGCUAUAUAAGAUUCAGUGGCUUUAAUAACUGGAAUAAUAUUAAGUUAUAAUCGAUUAAUUUAAACUUAACAACCUUUAAAGAAUCAGAUUUAUGAUUUGAUGAAAAAUGGAAGUUUAAACAAACUCAAGUAAAAAUGA